GUGUAGCCUGUGAGCCUAUGUUCAGGCAGCAGGGCUUCUCAAUCCUUCCAGCGAGGAUCUGUAAUUUACACGACAACAGCAGGGCGCCUGUCGGAUCUCCACAGGACUCUGCGCUGGAUCUCCCAUAGCACCGCUGCUGCUCCAUCACCAAAGCUUCAACGCCAAAGGAGGAGUAGAAGGUCUGAUUUCCGUGCCAUGUGCAGAUCGACAUGUCUAUGUGAUUUCAUGCGGUGACAGCGGAGGGGAAUGGACCAGUUGUCAUCAAAUUCCUGCAGACGCACCGACGGUGAUACAUUGAAGGCUGUCGUGUAGAGAGAAGACCUUCAUACGCAGCAGCCAAUCCGAGAUAUACGUUUUUAUUGGCAUUGAAAAGAUACAGUGAUCGCUUCCAUGUCUACCAUAACAAUGGGGGAGCAGCCCAUCUACAGCACGAGGGCCCACGUCUUCCAGAUCGACCCCAACACCAAGAAGAACUGGCUGCCCACCAGCAAGCAUGCCGUCACUGUCUCCUACUUCUACGACAGUACGCGCAAUGUCUACCGCAUCAUCAGUCUGGAUGGCACCAAGGCAAUAAUCAACAGCACCAUCAGUCCCAACAUGACGUUCACAAAGACCUCGCAGAAGUUUGGCCAGUGGGCGGACAGUCGAGCCAACACUGUCUACGGCCUGGGAUUCUCCACUGAGCAUCAUCUAGCCAAGUUUGCAGAGAAGUUUGGGGAGUAUAAAGAAGCAGCGCGGCUCGCUAAAGAGAAGAGUCAAGAGAAGAUGGAGAUGGCCACGUCUCCUUCUCAGGAGUCUCCAGGAGGCGAGCUCUCGUCACCUUUGACCCCGGUGACUCCGCCCAUGGAAAACAUCAACGGCACAGAUGACAUCUGUGACACGACUCCCAACUCAGACGCCCGUCCAGAGCCAUCUCAGAAUGCACUGGCCUUCGCACACAGCCCUGUCAUGACGAAACACUGGGAGGCUGAGCUGGAGGCACUAAAGGGGAACAAUGCCAAGCUAACGUCAGCUCUCCUGGAGUCCACAGCCAACGUCAAACAGUGGAAACAACAACUGGCUGCCUACCAGGAGGAGGCCGAGAGAUUACACAAACGGGUGACAGAGCUCGAGUGCCAGAGCAUCCAAACCCCAGUGAUCAAAUCCCAGAAGACUGAACUCAACCAAACCAUAGAGGAACUGGAGAAUACGCUAAGGGAUAAAGAAGAGGAAAUGGAAAGGUUGAAAGAGGAAUUAGAAAACAUGAAUGACCUGAUGGAGCAGAAAGACACUCUUACCCAGAAACUUGAGGAGACGGAGCUGCGCAGCCGGGUGCUGGAGGAACAGCUGUCGGGGGCCGAGCAGCGGCUGGAGGAGAACCAGGAAGAGCAGGAGAAUUUCAGGAAGAGCCUGCGGACGCUGCUGGAGCUGCUGGACGGCAAGAUCUUUGAGCUGACGGAGCUCAGAGACACCUUGGCUCGGCUCAUAGAGGAGGCCAGCUAGAGACGGAGCUGCCUAAUCUUCAUAGACAGAGCCAUAUGAUCAUUUAAACCCUGACACCCUCAAAUGACCCACACCUAUUCUACCCACCAUGCCCCACCUUUAUCCUAACCCCUCACACAUUCAAACUGAGACACUACACUGCCCCAAUUAUGAUUUUGCUCAAAAAGGGCAGCUAACUCCCCAAAUUUACCUUGAAGGCAUCAAGCUCCAAACAAACCACAGGCACUCUUGUAGUUCAAGACACACCACAGGGACUACCUCAUCUUGCCUUCUGAUUGGCUGGUGUAGGCGUAACCUCGGUUGCAUUGAUCUCUCCAGAUGCCUGUCUUGGCACACUGCAACUUCCCCCCAAACCCACCCACACACUCUCAAAGAGUUAACUUGAGAUCUGUGCCUCAGUGCCAUCUGCUGUUUGACCGGGAGAGCUGCACCACAGCUUGCAGCAUAACAACAUCACACGCACACACACACCCACCCCUUUUCUUCCUCUCUAAACUGCCCCCCCAAGGGGAAUGUUGAAAGUCAUGUGGAAAUAAUUGCUGUUAAGACUCAGAGAACUGCGCCAAAGCUGCCAAAUCCCCCCAAAAUAUUGUCCUCUCACUAGCAGAUGCUUUGAUCCAAAGUGACUUACUGUACAGAGAAGUGCUGAACAGUGAAACAGAGUCCCAUGUUUGAGUUCGGGCUGCCUGCGGAGCGUCACUGGAAACAACAAACCAGUCAAUCUUACCUAUUGGCCAGGACACACAGGGCUGCUGGGAAAUGAAGUUUGGUUUACUUACCCACAAUGACUGCUAUAUAUCCACACCCUAUUUAAAAUCCCACAUCAUAGAUGAGUAUUUGAUCUUCCAGAGGCAUUAUUCAUGCCACACAGAAAUUUUAGAGGGCGUGUGCCCGUGUUAGAUUCGACAUGAGGAUUCCUGUAUCCAGACUGCUUCCACCGUCACAGACACCUGACCUGUCUUCCUGCCAAACUCAGUGUGGUGUGUGUUCCCGAACAAGGCCUGACCUUCGACAUAAUGUGUGCCUUCAAAGCACAUUUCCGUGGACACAUGUUUGUAUAUAAUAUGUGUGUGUGAAUUGUGCUGUGAGAGAAAGACCCUGUUUUUUGGACAUCAAGGCCCACACACACACACACACACGCACACAUACACACUGAGCAAUACCAGACAGGCUCUAUACGACACUUCUAUCUAUCUCUAUCAGGUACUCUACUCAGUGGACUCAUGCAGAUAGGUCAAAUGCAACUCAGCUGAUUCCCCCUGUCCGACAGAAAGUGAACUACUGUUGACCGCGAACCUGUGUGGCAGCCCUGUCUGGUCGAAGUAGUGCAUCGUGAAGGGCUUAUAGAGUGUCAUCUCCGUGUUCGUAAAUCUCCACCCUCGGUGAAACUGGCCACAGAUUUUCACUCCUCACGGGUGAACAUAGAACUGUACUCAGUUUCUAUUCUUUUUUUACACAGGAUAUAACACUGAUGAUAUAAUUGUAGAACUGUAUAAGACAACUUUCUACUCAUGACAUUGUAAAUGAAUGGAUGGAUAACUCAAAUGCAGUAACGCCCUGCAGCGGCUUAUUGUUGUGUAUUAACCCACGGAAAAGUAUUUCAUAGUUAUAUAGAGCCUCUAGUAUGUAGGUAAACAAUGAAAACCUCUUCAAUAUAUAUUUAAAAUGCAUAACAACACAAUGUGAACACAUAGUGUACCAAAAUAUCCACUUCUCAAGCAGCUCCUGUACCGGUAAAAUCCAAAAACAGAAUCUUAAAAUCUCUUUCUUUAAAAAUCAUAACCUUUCAAAAAAUGCUAUAUCCUCACAUGAAAUGCUGCUUAUGUUAUUUUUUAAUUGAGCACCCUGUUUGCACUAUGUUAUUACACUGUCGUAACUACAUUAUAUAUCAAGAGAUUUGCAUUAAAUACUAGCACAGCAUAAUUCUGUACUUAAAAUAUUGUAGUUAGUUGCACAGGUUAAUACACUGGAAUAAGACCCAUGUAAAGGAAGUUACCCAUUUUUAUUUUCUGGUUUAACUUUGACAGUCGAAUGACAGAGGGAAUACCUUGAUAUUAAUGCUAUUGUUAAUGAAUGCCUUUGUACAGUAGUGGAUAAGAAGCUUUUCAUUCUCCUGUUUUGUAACUUAUGGUAUUUAAAUGUAGGUAUUAUUAUUGUAUUUAGAGGUAUGAGAAGACUGGCAAUAUUUUUGACUAUUUAAAGUAAUUUUGAACUCAUGAUAUUAAAGAGGUACCUCAGGCUAAUGAUGUU